AUGCAGCUCCUCCACGCCCUCACCGUGUUCUGCUCACUGCCACAGUUUGCAACACUGGUCUUAGCAGAAAAUACAAACCCCUCUGCGGAGCGAGAAUCCAAAGAAACUAACACGCGAUCGCUGCCAGCAAAAAUCAUCAUACAGCGCAAUGCCGCUAUAGCAUCCCAGCUCGCAUCAGGACCAGCUCUCGGCGUGAAGAAAAUGAGCGAGAACGAAGGCGAGAAAUUCUUCCUCGACUACUGGAGUUUUGGAGAGGCCUCUUCGUCAAGUAACAUAUCUGAGCGACACUUCUCCGAGGAAGAAGGAUUUUCACCAGCGCGCUUUGUGGCCCAAUCAUACCCUUUCGGGCCAUCUUAUUCCCCGAGCACAGAUGGGUACAGUCAGUUCCUUCCCCGAGGAAACAACAGCGCAAACAAUCUGUUUGAAAAACGAGACUUCAAGUGCCCGACUGGGACAUUGGGGUGCACAUCCAUCGGUCGAUCCGAUCGCUGCUGUGGGUCCGGGGAGACGUGCGAGAUUGUUGCUGAUACAGGGAACGGCGAUGUGGGCUGCUGUCCUAGCUGGCAGACGUGCUCUGGGACUAUUGGGUCGUGUGAGAGUGGGUAUACGGCUUGUUCGCAGGCUUUGGGGGGUGGGUGUUGUAUCCCGGGAUAUGAUUGUGUUGAAGGAGGAUGCGCAUACAUCACUGUUAUUACGGUGACUCUUCAUUCGACCGUGAUGUUGUCUACUGUGACCUAUUCGACCAAGCCGGAUAGUACUUCCACUUCAAUUUCCACUUCAACCUCCACUUCGACUUCGACUUCGACUUCCUCGACAAUCUCUUCCCAAAGCGGCACAUCCACAACAGACGAAAGCUUGGCACCACCAGCACGGCCUACGAACCUUUCAACAGUAACCAGCGAUGUCUGCCCGACUGGUUUCUAUGCCUGCUCCGCUGUCUACCAAGGUGGCUGCUGCCGUACUGGACGAGACUGCGAUACGACAUCAUGCCCGACCACAUCUUCGACGACUAUGACAUCAGACGGUGUGACGAUUGUAGCGCCCGUCGCGACAACAACGGAACGUUCUGGUGGGAACCUGUGCGCUCAGGGCUGGUUCCGUUGUGCCGACACCGUGGGUGGAGGAUGCUGUCCCACGGGGUUCGCUUGUGGUUCUAGCUGUACUGCAACGGACACCGCAUCUGCGACAACUGUCACCAAGGAACAGGCGACUGCGACUGCUGCUAGCGGAGAUGGUGUAGCGGAGGCUUACCGGCUGCUGCACUCGGACCCGAUCACCGAUUCUCGCCGACACCGGCAACCUCAUCUCUUCUCACUUCUUCCUUCUCCAACCCUCGUUCUUUUAAGGUCUUCCGCCAUCAUGUCUGAAACUCCCCAGAAGCCCCUCCCCUUCGUCUACCAGUUCGCCGCCGGUGCGGUGGCUGGUGUCUCAGAGAUCCUGAUCAUGUACCCUCUGGACGUGCUCAAGACUCGAAUUCAGCUUCAGUCUGGACCCGCUGUUCCCGGUGCGGAUUACUACAAUGGCAUGUUCGACUGCUUCCGUAAGAUUGUUAAGAACGAGGGUGCUUCUCGUCUAUACCGUGGUAUUUCCGCGCCCAUCCUGAUGGAGGCGCCGAAGCGUGCGACCAAGUUCGCUGCUAACGACAGCUGGGGUGCUUUCUACCGCAACCUGUUCGGUGUGGACAAGCAGACCCAAGGACUGGCCACCCUGACCGGAGCCACAGCCGGAGCUACUGAAGCUUUUGUCGUGGUUCCUUUCGAGCUGGUGAAGAUCCGUCUUCAGGACAAGGCACAGGCCCACAAGUAUAACGGCAUGAUCGACGUUGUGAGGAAGAUCGUUGCCGCAGAAGGCCCGCUGGCAAUGUACAACGGCCUUGAGUCGACCAUGUGGCGCCACAUUCUGUGGAACGCCGGUUACUUCGGCUGUAUCUUCCAGGUCCGCGCUCAGCUACCCGCCGUCGAGCCCGGCAACAAGAACCAGCAGACCCGCAACGACCUGAUUGCCGGUAGCAUUGGUGGUAUCGUCGGUACUGUCGUCAACACCCCAAUGGAUGUUGUUAAGUCCCGCAUCCAGAACACUUCCAAGGUCCCCGGUCAGGUCGCCAAGUACAACUGGGCCUGGCCUGCUCUCGGCACCGUGAUGAAGGAGGAGGGCUUCGCUGCUCUGUACAAGGGCUUCACGCCCAAGGUCCUGCGUCUCGGCCCUGGUGGUGGUAUUUUGCUUGUUGUUUACACCAGUGUCAUGGAUUUCUUCCGCACCAUGCGCGCUGAAAAGUAA